UCUUGAAAACCUUCAUUGGGCUAAGGAGAGAGAACAAACUCACCUCCACAGCGGUGCCCGUAGCACCCCUACCUGCGCUGCUCCCCACACAUCCUACCCGGUUUCUCCCCCGGCCGUUCGGUGCGCACAGUCCGCCGCGCCGGGCUUCCGAGCUGCACGCUCCCUUCGCUUUAACUUCGCUGCUAAUUAUGGUUUUAUUUGAUGGUGUGUGAAGUGAUCUAGCUCUUGCCACAGUGUCAUUGGCGUUGCUCCUUAACAGUCUCACAGCCAGAGAAAGUUGCGCACCCGCUUGUUGAAUGCAGGAUACCUUCUGCCUGAGCGGCACUUCCAAGUUCAGCUUUGGAACAGCAGCCGGUAAGGAGCGGGGACUCCAGUUUCUCACCUCUCUCGCCGCCGAUAUGAAGUCUGCAGAAGAAGAUGCAUACAGCUACACACCAAAUGUCAGCCUGUCCCUUCCACUGGGCAUGGGCAACCCCUGUCUGGCCAAUCACUACCACACCUUACAGUCCAGCCCAGUCAUCUCUGUUUCCUCCUGCCACCAAACAGGCUACAGCCUCCAAAAUGAUAACCAUGCAGUAUCAGGCUAUUACCUGCCCCACGGCCUGAGACCCAAUGGGGCCCCAGCUCUGGAAAGCCCCCGUAUUGAGAUCACUGCCUACAGCCAGUACCCCGAGGAUGAGGUCGAAGAGAGCAGCAGUGAGGACCACAUCAUCAAGCGAGGCGUAAACUCCAUUGUGACGCUGACGCUGCCCAAUGCAGACGGCUACCGUGACCCCAGUUGCCUCAGCCCUGCGAGUAGCAUUUCCUCACGCAGCUGUAACUCAGAGGCUUCUUCUUACGAGUCCGGCUUCUACAACUACGAAAACUCCCCACAGAACUCCCCCUGGCAGUCUCCCUGCGUUUCUCCCAAAGGCUCAUCUUCGCUAAUGUCUUGCCCACAUGCCAGCGGCCCUGUAGCUUCCCCGCACCAUUCACCCUCCACCUCUCCUCAGAUAGGAGCCGUGGCCGAGGAAGGCUGGCCAACACAACUUUGUGGCUCCAGGCCUAACUCCCCUUCCUGCAGCGGAGGCGGUGGAGUCAACGGCGGAAGCAUAGGGAAGAGAAAGUACAGCUUCAAUGGCACCACCUACCGUCAGACAUCCGGCUCACCCAAGCAGUUGCCCGUCCCAUCCCCACAUGGCUCCCCCAGGGUCAGCAUCACAGAUGAGAACUGGCUCGACAACACCAACCAGUACACCAACUCUGCCAUCGUGGCCGCCAUCAAUGCUCUGACCACAGAUGGAGUGGUAGACAUGGGGGAGGGAAUCCCAAUCAAGACGCGGAAGACCAUGCUGGACCACUCCAUGAGCCUGAAGGUAGAGCCUGCUGGCGAAGUGCUGGGUAUUGAUGGGGAGCUCUGCCAUGAGGACUACCCCUCCCGCCUGGCCCUCAAGAAGGAGAACUACUGUGGAGGGUUCCUGGAUGUGCCCCAGCAUCCGUACUCCUGGUCUAAACCCAAGCCUUACCUCAGCCCAUCUAUGCCAGCUCUUGACUGGCAGCUUCCGUCCUGCUCCGGCCCGUACAACCUACAGAUCGAGGUGCAGCCAAAGUCCCACCACAGGGCCCACUAUGAGACCGAAGGCAGCCGCGGGGCGGUGAAGGCGCUGUGUGGUAGCCACCCUGUAGUACAGCUUUAUGGCUACAUGGAAAGCGAGCCGCUCACCCUGCAGCUGUUCAUAGGGACCGCAGACGACCGCCUCCUGCGACCACAUGCCUUCUACCAGGUUCACCGCAUCACUGGCAAAACCGUCUCCACCGCCAGCCAUGAAGUCAUGCAAUCCAACACCAAAGUUCUGGAGAUCCCUCUGCUGCCUGAAAACAACAUGAGGGCCAUAAUUGAUUGUGCAGGGAUCCUGAAGCUGCGUAAUUCGGACAUUGAGCUUCGCAAAGGAGAAACAGACAUCGGACGUAAGAACACGCGCGUGAGAUUGGUGUUUCGCGUGCACAUCAACCAGCCCAACGGCAGGACAGUGUCCCUACAGGCUUCUUCGAACCCCAUUGAAUGUUCCCAGCGCUCAGCUCAGGAGCUUCCCUUGGUGGAGAAGCAGAGUGUGGACUGUUACUCUGCCACCGGAGGCAAAAUGAUGCUCCUGAACGGCCUCAACUUCCUCCCUGACUCCAAGGUGGUGUUCGUAGAAAAGGCCCAGGAUGGGCAUCAUCUGUGGGAGACAGAAGCCAAAGUUGACAAGGACUCCGUCAAAAAUAGUUCUCUUGUUGUGGAGAUCCCGCCGUACAGGAACCAGAGAAUAUCCAGCCCGGUGCAGGUUAACUUCUACGUCUGCAACGGCAAGAGGAAGAGGAGCCAGUGCCAGCGCUUCACCUUCCUGCCUCCAAACGUGCCGAUAAUAAAGACAGAACCCAGUGAUGAAUAUGAUUCUCUGGGGACUGCGAGACUGCCCAUGCAUUCAAAGCCCUAUUACAGCCGGCCCAGGCUCACUCCCAUCAUGCCCGUAGCCGAUCCUGACGCCUGCCUGGUUGGUGGUUACCCUCCCUGCCCGCCUCGCCACGCUGCGAUGCCGUCGUCGCCCCCCAGCUCCAGCCCCACUCUGCACGACCUGUCCCCCGUGGCUUACAGCAAGUGCCUUCCCAACAGCCCCACCCAUGCAGCACCACCAGGCCCCGUGGUGCCCCCCAUCCAGGAGACCCCUGGCCUCCCCAGCCUCGCCCACCCAGCAUCGCCAGACCACAACUCUCCCCUAGGGAUGCUUCAUUCCCAGGGCAGCCCCAACCACCUCAACAGCACAGGGCCCCAUGGUUACCACACUAUGUAUGCCAACAGCAGUCCCUCAUCCUCCCCGGUAUCCCACCCUUCCACUCCUGGGGAGAGCCCGUUCAUUCAGGCCUACAGCCCGAGUCAGGCUCAGCAGGCAGCCGGCUCAGCCCAGGCCGGAGGGAGCUCACCGAGCCUGUUACCUGAGGAUGCCAGCCCCCCUUCGAUGGCCAUUACCGUCAAACAGGAGCCCCAGGAGCUGGACCAGAUGUACCUAGAUGAUGUUAACGAGAUCAUCAGGAACGACCUCUCCAGCAUUUCCGUGCACACUCAUGCAUAGACGUCCAAAAGUCUUUUGCAGCGCGCACGCCCACACACCCUCACACACACACAUACACACACAAUCACACACACACACACACACA